AUGAGAAUAAUCCAGCUUCAUAAUCCUAUCAAUUUCUUGACAAAUUAGCGGAGGGGUAUAUGAUAUCAUUUUGAAAUUAUAAGUUCCUUUGGAUUUAUAUGGAAAGUCAAGCAUAUUUAGACUGGGCGCUUUUAGGCUUGUAAAUUAGUCAAAAAUUUGAUGAAGAAAGAAGAAAUAAAUUAAAGUAGGCUUUACUCAAUUGAUCACAUCAGGUUAGGAUCAUAUGAAUACCUACUUUAUAAUGGAUUUACUAGGAGACAAUUUAGAAUAAGUGAGAACAAAAUUUGGGAAUUUUAAUACUGCUGCUAUAUUAGAAACAGGUUAAUAAAUGAUUCUGCUUCUUAAAGAGCUGCAUAAUGCUUAAAUUAUCCAUAGAGAUAUAAAGCCUGAGAAUUUUGUAGUUCAUCAUGAGAAACUAUAUCUAAUAGAUUUUGGACUAUCAAAACUAGUUAUUUAGGAUGGAAUACAUUUAGAAUUUAGAGAAAACAAAGGUAUGAUAGGAACAGCUCGUUAUGCUUCAAUAAACGCAUUGAAGGGAUACGAAUAAUCAAGGAGAGAUGAUCUUGAAUCUGUUGGUUAUUUGCUAAUAUAUUUUAUACAUGGGAACUCUACCAUCGAAUAAUGUUAAAGGCGAUGA